CGUCAGGUAGGCGGGGUCCCGGUUCCAAACACUAGGAUCUGCUAGCGGGAGGCAGGCGGGGGACGCGAGGACGGAAGGAGGCUGUCCUGUCUCUGAUCAGAGAGGACAGAGAAGCAUUUGGCAGUCGUAGGCGUCCCCGCCACUUCAGGUGACCGACAGGCCUGCUGGAGCCCGGCCUCGCGGGACCCGCAGCCCGGAGCUUCGAGUUCGUCCGCGGGGUGGAGACUGGCUUCCGAGCGUGCGGCUCUUCCUUAUUUUUGUUCCGGUGGUCCCGGGCCGGGCGCUGCUCACUUCCGUCCCCGAGAAGAGCUCCGACAGUUGGCGAUCUUGGAGCCCCAUCAGUACAGGAUACUAGAAGCCCGACAGGGUUUCUCUGCCCUGGGUGUUCUAGGAACUCUCUCUAUAGACCAGGCUGGUCUUGAACUCAGAAAUUUGACUGCUUCUGACUCCUGAGUGCUGGGAUUAAAGUACUUAAAAUGGCUUCUAGAGGGAAGACAGAGACAAGCAAACUAAGGCAGAACUUAGAAGAGCAGUUAGAUAGACUGAUGCAGCAGUUACAAGACCUGGAGGAAUGCCGGGAGGAGCUCGAUGCGGAUGAGUAUGAAGAAACUAAAAAGGAGACUUUGGAACAGCUGAGCGAGUUCAACGAUUCGCUGAAGAAGAUCAUGUCAGGAAACAUGACACUGGUAGAUGAACUCAGUGGGAUGCAACUGGCCAUUCAGGCAGCCAUCAGCCAGGCUUUUAAAACUCCUGAAGUCAUCAGAUUGUUUGCGAAGAAACAACCAGGUCAACUGCGGACGAGGCUGGCUGAGAUGGACAGAGAUCUGAUGGUGGGGAAGCUGGAGAGAGACCUGUACACCCAGCAGAAGGUGGAGAUACUGACGGCGCUUAGAAAACUCGGCGAGAAGCUGACAGAAGACGACGAGACCUUCCUCUCUGCCAAUGCAGGCGCCGUGCUCAGCCAGUUUGAGAAAGUCUCCACAGAGCUCGGCUCUGGAGACAAGGUCCUUGCUCUGGCAGGGUUUGAGGUUGAAAAGACCAAGAAAUGACAGCGUGCUGGGUGUGACGCUGCCAGCCCCGUCCAAUCUGCACACGGUGCUUCCAUUCUGAGGACUCAGGCAAUGCAAAGACGUAGAGACUGUCAAAGUGCAGCAGCCGCCCAGGGACACAGUGUGGCUUCUGCUUGGGGCCUCGUCCCACUCUGCGGACCUCCCUUCUCACAAGGCCCGGCUCUUGCUGGACAGAGGGACAUUGUUCACUAUGGUUUGUUUUGUUAAGAUGUCUUGUUUUUAGAGCUGGUAGGGGUAAGAGCCGUGAGCUGGUGACUGUCCUGACCUCUGUCUGCCUUGGCAUGGGCAGUGCGGUGAUGUCACUGGCCCUCCUGGGUCUGGAGAAUCUUAGAAACCUUUCAUUUUUACACACACACAAAAAACCAAGACUUAGAGCAUGUGAUCUGUCUAAAGUCACAUUAGAGGCAGAGCUGAGGCUGGGGCUCAGGUGUCCUGAAUCCAAACCAAGUUUUAUUUCUUUAUUCUGUACUGUUUUUUGAGUGUGUGUUUUUUUUUUAUAUAUAUAAUAAUUAACUUGUAUUUGUGCAAA